UUACUUUGUCUUCUUAUCACCUGACCAUGGAAAGACAGGAGAACAAGAGAGGAUAUCCUGAGAACGUUUGUUACAGUGAGCAUCUGAAACUAGAUGAAUUAAAAAAGAGAGCUGAAGGUUUGGGAAAUGGAUAUAUCUCCAAAGAAAACAUCCCACCGUACCCUCGACCAGAGUUUCAUGUGACUCAUCUGAAACAUGACACAGGUGGAGAUGGUUUAUGUGGUAUCAAGGAGAGUAAUGGUUUCUGUGUCCCGGGCCCUGAGGGGCCUGGAAAGCUACUGUGGUGGAGUCUGAUGGUGAGACCUGAGGACAUACAGUCUGCUGAGAGGAGGCUCCUGGACCAGAUCUACCCAGACCGGACAGAGGAGCAGGCUCAGAUGCAGCAACCCUUUCUGGGGAAGUUCGCCACCUCGCCAGCCUUCCUGGACUCCUCCAGGCUGGGCUCGUACCGCUUCACGUUCCCGCUGGAGGAGCUGCUGACGGCCUACAGCCAGCAGCUUUGCUCCGGCGCUCAGCCCGUCAUGAGAGUGUUCAAGACCGUCCUCUACAAACAGGAAGUGAUGCACGCUGUGCUAGUCCACAGCCCAGCCAAUCAGGAGCUGUUCUCAGGAUAUCCUUUGCUGCCUGACGACCCGAACUCUGUCUGUGCUUACAGAGAUGGUCGCUUCAUCUGGAGGCCUGAGGCCAUGUGUAACACUCACAGCUAUGAGUUUGUCCGAAACAAUAAUGCAAAACAGCUGGAAGUGAACAAGCUGUCUGGAGACAGGUAUUAUGUUUGGGAUAAUGUCGCCAUCGCCCUGCAUGUGGAGAAAGGACAGGUGCUGAAGUUUAGUACUGAGCAACUGAGAGAAAACCUCACAUUCUGUGAAAGAGGAACGCCUAUAACCACACAUCCUGACAGUUUUGAUAAAUUCAAAGAUGCUGAAGCUCUUGUUACAAGUUUGUGGCCUGGCUAUCCGUCAGAACUGGAGCACUCAGUCAACAUUCAGGCAUCCUAA